AAGAAAAUAAACGUCAUUUCCGUUUAGGAGAAGCUGCAGAAAGAAAGAUGGAGGGCGGAGGUCUUCAGGAUUUGGAUGCCAGACUUCAAGCGCUGGAGAAACGCGUUUACAGUGAACGAGGGAGGAACAGCAGACCAGUGAAGGUAUCGCUGGACCACACGUGUGCUGAAUCUCUGGCGAGGAUAAACACUGCCCUCGCUAACACAGCCAACAAGAGGGAACGAGUCAAAAUUCUUCACAAAAAAAUUGAAGAUCUGCUGAAGUAUCUGGAUCCACAAUUUACAGCCCACAUUGCUGUGCCCGAUGCCAUGAAACUGGAGUUUAUAUUAGCAGAGGAAGACUUCCUGUGCUCCCAGGCUGCCCUGCUGGAACAGGUGAAUAACCUGCAACCUCUGCUGGACAGUAAUCACAUUAAAGCUGUUCCAGAGCUCACUACCAAGGUGCAGCGCCUGUCUCAAAUUCACAUCAAGCAGAAUGGCCAAAGUGAAGAGUUAUCAGCAGAAGUGAGGAGGCUGAUUGAAGAAUACAACAAGAUGAUGUUUCUUUUAUCAAAGCAGUUUACCCAGUGGGAUGAAACCCUACGGAAACUGGAGGCCCCCAAACAAGGCCAGCCAAUUGAAUAACUGAUUAGUUCUUUAAUAUUUAUAACUUCAUGCCUUUUUUCUUGUAUGUAUGCUUCUUAUUUUGCUUACUGUUGACUUGCACCUCUUACAGUUAUACAUGUUCUCAUAGUUAAAUAGAAGCGUGAGCUUUACUCAUGUUUACUAACUAUUCAAUCCUGUAGUAGUACUUAUGCUGAAUCCUGAGUAAUAAAGCAGUUGUAAUAACAAACUCCUGUGUUGUGUAGGUAUAUGUAUAUUGCCUUAUUGCUAAGCUUAAGCAGGAAUAUUGUCUGCAGAAUUGUUGCUAUUAAACACUAUUCUGAUGCAAACUCCAUAAUGAAGUGUCUCGUUUGACAGUUUCAUCUUACAGACUACAGCUGCAUUUCAGUGUGAACACUUUAUUACAAGAUUCAAAAUUAACAUUAAAAUGAUUAAGAAAAUGGCAGCAACCAAACAUGUGCCAAACUGGCAUGUUAGGACCCCUUCUUGUAGACAAUUUCAUUAAUUUACUCACUUAAGGAGACCAUACAUGGCAUUGAGAUGUGGCAAAGUCAUCAUUUAUAAAUGGUGAUCAUUUAUAAAAUGUCACGUUAGCAAUUUUUACCAUGAUCAAUAUUAUCAUUCCAAUGCUACUGUAUACUCACACGGUUCAAUACAUUUCUCCAAUAAGUGCACACAUCAUUAUUCAUUUUGCUCCUCAAAUGUAGCAGAUGUAGAUGUAGAUGUUUAAAUAUAUUUGCCUUUGUUUUAAAUAUCUUGCUUCUAAAAGGUUAUCCUGUUGGUUUGUUUACUUCCAUCUUUUUGUGGACCACAUACCUUUUGUUUAAGAAAUCUUUUCUGGUAUUAUUUAUUACCUAAGCUCUGCUUUUGUCAAAACAGGAUAUUGUUUGUAGAGCUGUUAUCCCAGAAGGAUUGUGUCUGUAUAUCCACAUUAAAAAAAGAAUUGUCUGAAA